AUGAAUAAUAUAAAGUACCCAGCAGAUACAAAACUGACCAUUAUGUCGUACAAUGUCCAAAUGUUACCAAUUCCUUUAAGUAAUCAUUUUAAUCUACCAUCAAGACAACAUGCUAUAAUUGAUUAUCUAUGUUCACUUGAUGAUUUGCACAAUAUUGAUGUACUUGUAUUAAAUGAAGUGUUCACGAGUAAAUUUUAUAAUAUGAUUACGAAAGGUAAAGUGAAAGAAAGAUUUCCAUAUCAUACAAAUGUGAUUGGAGGGAAAUGUAAAAAGUAUAGAGAAUGCAGCACUAGUAAGGUUCAUGCGAAUAAAGUCUUAAGGGGCAAGACAUCAAAUGAGAAUGCAGAAAGGAAAAAAAUGUCACUCAUUGGAAGUGGGACAACUCGAAAAGUAGAAACGCAAGAGGAAGAGGCAGAAGAAGUAGAAGUGACAGACAAAGUAGAAGUAGCAGACGAAUUAGAAGUGGAAGACGAAGUAGAAGUGGAAGACGAAGUAGAAGUGGAAGACGAAGUAGAAGUGGAAGACGAAGUAGACGUGGAAGACAAAGUAGAAGUGGAAGACGAAGUAGAAGUGGCAAACUUGGUAGAAGUAGCAAACGUGGUAGAAGAGGAGGAAAUGUCAACUUUUCACACAUGCGGCACAAAUAAUAAUGACAACGAAGACGUGGAAGAAACGCUAAUCUAUGAUUCAAGUGAUACAAACAGUAAGGAAUAUCCUGAAUGUUUUUUAUCUCUCAAGUGUAAUAUGGAAAGAGGAGUCAAAGAAACGGACAAUCGAAGCAGUAACGAUUAUAAUGCCGUGAUGAAUAGAACCAGGAUAAGUAGUAGAAGGUAUAGUGCAAACAUAAUAGAGCAUACAUGUAAUGAUUACAAUGCGUGUUGCAAUGAAACGGACAAUGAAAUUAUCAGUUAUGGAAAAGGGGAAAAUAAAAAUAUGAACAGUAAGAAAAUGAUUGAGGAUGACAAGCUGAACUAUAAGGUGGAUCACAAUCAUAGUGAUAAUCCAUACAAAGGAUGGAGCGAUAGUAUAUGUAGCUCUAAAAAUAUUGUGAAAAAUUUGAGAGGAUCUCAAGGAAUCAACAAGAAAGACAAUCAACAGGUUGAAUCACUUACCAAUGCAGAUAUUCGGCUUAAGAACAAAAUAGACAGAAGCAUAAACGAAUACGAAAAAAAAAACAAAUGGGUUGAAACCGUGAACUUACAAAAUAAUAACAAUGACAUAGGAAAAAAUAUGAGAGAAAAUUGUGAUAACACAAAAAGUUCUAAAAUGAAUGUAGCAAAUAGUUCUAGGUGUGAUGAGAAUUCGAAAGAGGAGAAGCGAGAAAUUAUGAGAAAAAAAAAAAAAAAAGACAGCCAACAAGAUUUGGUCAAUUUUGACUCUGUGACGGGAAAACCUCGAUUUUACCAAAUUUUAAACGGAGGAGUAAUUGUUUUAUCUAAGCAUGCAAUUUUACACAAGCAUGCAUUAAUAUAUAAUAGCUGUAAAUUUCCCGAUAUGUUUUGUAGGAAGGGUGCCAUAUAUUUAAAAUGCAGUGUAAACAACAAACCUCUUAACAUCAUAGCAACACAUUUACAAGCUGGAGAUACAAAGGAUCAACAAAAUUGUAGAUUGAAACAACUGAAAGAGUUGAGUAAUUGGGUAUAUAAUGGUACACCAAGUGAAUUUAUUAAAAAAGAUGAAGCCUUAUUUUUCGUUGGAGAUUUUAAUAUUAGAUAUCAUAUAGAUAAAUUAUUAUUCGAUAAGAUGUUAUCAGAUGAUUUUUUAAAUAGUUCUGUUACAAAAAAAGAAUUGGAAACAACGUACGAUUCAUAUUUAAAUGAUUACUGUAUGCAUAUGGAACACGAUUACUCUUUCAAAUAUAAUUAUACUUUAGAUUACAUCCUAAUUAAUAAUGAUUCGAAUGUGAAGACUCUAGUUCCACAAACAGCUAUACAAAAGGGUUACAGACCUAUACAUAUUAUAAAAUUUCUUCUAGGUUUUAUUCCUUACAAAUGUACCAACAUACAUCACCCUAGUGAUCACUUUCCUAUAUAUGCCACUUUCAAAAUACCAAAUUAG